UCAUGACCCGGAAGUGAUCCCGGAGGCGGCGGCCGCGUGGUUGCUCUGUGCUCUGACUGCGCUGCGCUUGUCGCUAAAAUGACCAAAAUAAAGGCCGUUCCCGAGGAGUCUGAGGCUCAGGCGGAGGGCUGCAGCGAGGAGCGAACGUACGAAGAGCUGCUGGUCAACCUGAACCCCAUCGCGCAGCCCCUGGCUUCCCGCCGCCUGACGCGCAAGCUCUACAAGUGCAUCAAGAAGGCCGUGAAGCAGAAGCAGAUUCGUCGCGGAGUGAAGGAGGUUCAGAAAUUUGUCAACAAGGGCGAGAAAGGGAUCUUGGUUUUGGCAGGAGACACGUUGCCGAUUGAGGUGUACUGCCAUCUUCCAAUUAUGUGCGAGGACCAGAAUUUACCCUAUGUCUAUAUCCCCUCUAAGACGGACUUAGGUGCAGCUACAGGCUCCAAGCGACCCACCUGCGUGAUCAUGGUGAAGCCUCAUGAGGAGUAUCAGGAGGCCUAUGACAAGUGCCUGGAGGAGGUGCAAGCUCUGCCCGCACCUCUGUGAGAGACUUGGCCUGCAACCCAGCACCUGCUCCAGGAGCUGCUGGGCUGUCUGCAGGCGGCUGCCCACCCUCACAGCAUCUCCCCGAUUUCCUGACGUGUGAAUCUUCCCAGGCAGCUCCAACAGCUGCUCUUGGAGGUAAAGCCAGCAUCUUUGCCAUCUCCUGCUGAGCAUAGAUGAAGACAGUUCCAAGAAUGUGGGGUACAAGUAAAAUGCUAAGGUGGAAAUGUGACAAGUAUGGGGUGUUUCUUAAACUCCAGCUGCUGACAGAGCCAAGAAGUUGGCAGAAUGAGCGACAACAGCCUUUCAGUACAG